CAGCUUCAUAGUUUGCUUAUUAGUUUAUGUUGAUAUCUUCAUUUGGUGAAAUAACGCUGAUAACACUAAAUAUCUUUAACACUAAAAUCUAAUAUUGCUUAACAAAAGAAAGCUCUGGAAAAAAACUGAUGUAAAUAUAUUAUUUUUAUCAAAAUAAACAUUAUGCAAAACUUCUCAGAAAUACAACAGGAACUCUUUUUGACAUAAGCAAAAUGAAGGAAACUUUGUUAACAACGCGUGUUCAAUUAAAGCCAAAUGGAAAGGUUUUUAUGCUUGUUUUUGAUGGGUUUAUUCACAACUAUAAAAGUUACAACAUAUCAAUGCCGAAUCUCGAUAAAAUAGUUAGAGAUGGAGUUUACUCAGAAAGAAUGAUUCCUUCAUUUCCUUCAGAUACAUGGCCUACAAUGACCACGCUUUCAACUGGUUUGUAUAGUGAAUCGCAUGGCAUCAUAGGAAACAAAUUCAUGGAUUACAAGAAAAAUAUUUCGUUUAGCUAUGAUUCUGAUCCUAAAGAUUAUGAAAAAAAUGGACAAUUUUUUACACAAGAACCUCUCUGGCUAACUAAUCAAAAACAAGGCGGGUCCAGUCUUGUAUAUUAUAUGCCAGGCUACUAUGCUUUUAAAGAAAAACCUACUUAUCACAAUUAUCCAAUAACUUCAAGUAACAGUAAUGUAGAAACAGGAAGAAAGUCUAUAGAUGAAGCUAUUAAGUAUUUAAAUGAAGAUCCCUUAUUAAACUUUUUGCAGAUAUGGAUUGAUCAACCUGAUGGUGCAGGACAUUAUUACGGAAAAUCCUCAAUUGAGUACAAACAGUCUAUGAAAAGACUUGAUAGCGAUGUGAUUGGAUAUACUUUAAAAAAGUUGAAGGAUGACGUAAACUUUAUUAUAGUUGCAGAUCAUGGUUUCAUAGACGUGAAAAAUGAUACAAAUAUUUCCUAUUUAGAAGAUUAUGUUAAUCUUACACACAUAACAUACUAUGGUGAUUGUAGUGGUUCAUGCUUUAUAAACCCCGUUAAAGGCUACCCAAUGGAAGAUCUCAUAAAAAGACUUGCGCCUUUAAAUGAAACUAAGCAUUAUAGAAUAUACAGAAGAGGCGACCCUUCUUGCGACUUUCCAGAUCAUCUACAUUAUAGAAAUAAUCGCAAUAUUGCUCAACUAUUAAUUCUUUCGGAUGAAACAUGGUUAGUUAGGCCUUCAAGAAAAAAUGAUUUUAAGUAUGGUGGGCGUCAUGGUUAUGACAACGCUUAUGAAAACAUGGGAACAAUAUUUUUUGCGAAGGGUCCAGCAUUUAAAAAAAGAGCAAAACUAGGUCCUUUUGAAAGUGUAAAUAUUGUUCCAUUAGUUGGAUUUUUGCUUGGGAUCAAAGCCCCACCAAACAAUGGGUCACUUGAAACAUUUAAGGAUGUUUUGCAUUAAAGAAAUUAUAUAUUCAUCACCUAUAAUGAGAAUUUAUAAAUAUGUACUUAAACUGUAAAUCAAAUGCUAUUCAUUGUAUUAUAGUUGUAAUUACAAGUUUUAAUUA